AUGUUUGCAUCCAAAAAGAUCGCUCAUUCACUAUUAAUCGCUUCAGGUUGGCAUUUCAUUACAGCCAGUUCUAACAUUGAUCAAUUUUUCGCAAUAGUAGUCCUUUCAAACUUUGCCCACGCUGUCUCUUUUGAUGGACAGUAUAUUCAACCGAAUCUCACCAACACCGCGGUAGAAUGGUGGUGGGGAAGCGCUGUUGGGGCUUCUCAAUCCCCAGGAACUCCCGGACCUGUACUUCAGUUCCUGUUCUACCAAGGAUACUCGAUCCUCGCGGACUUCAACCAUUCUUCUCUCCCUGAAUAUUACAUUACCAUCAAUGGAUUCUUUUCCAACGGCAACAACUUUAGUCUUACUGUUCCAGCCACCUCUGGUAAUAUUUCUGAAGGGAAUAACAACUCCGUGACAGGAACUUGGGGUACCGUUGGGGCGUUCCAGAUCUCUUCUGACCUAAAGACAAUGGCUGUGACCUUCAACGCUCCUGAUGCGCCCUACGGAAUAUCUGGCUCGAUGAAUUUCACGAGCAACCGAGCAAAUCACUACGGAUGUAAUGUUACCGACAGUCCUUAUUUCGACGUGGUCAAACCCGUUAAAACUUUGAAUGACGCCGAACAAGUCCUUUUCAACCAGCUUGGUUGGGCAGUAGCUAUUCCGGGUGGCACAGUAAAUGUAGAUGUCAGAAUCAACGGGACACGACUCCAGUUCACGGGUAACGGGUACCACGACCAAAACUGGAUGCCUCUUGCUUUGAACGAAUUCAUAUCCUCCUGGUAUUUCGGUUUCGCUGAAGUAGGCCCAUACACCCUCUCCUACGUCUCUGCAACGCCUCUUGAUUCGACCAUUGUAUUCAACACAGGAUACCUCGCCACCGACAAUGCUGUGUUGCAAAAUCAAUGCUCUGUCGACGGGUCGAAGACCACGGAUAUCAGCAUUAUUCGCCCUACCGGCGAAAUGGCUGGUGCAGAAGGCACGAUUGCGCCUUCCGGCUGGACGUUGAACUAUAUCAUAGACGAUGGAACGGAAUUCGAAUUUCUGAUAGUUCCAACGGGCGUGAAUCCAGAUAUUGCCAUUUAUCAAAGAUGGACGGGUCUGAUUUCUGGCGGGAAGAAGGGGGAGGAAAGCUAUGAAGGCGUCGCCACCUUUGAAUGGUUGAACCCAGGUUUAAAUGUAUAUCCUGCGUGA